ACAAAUUUGUGGCGUUCGUAAAGUUAAUGGCUUUUUGUUAUCAAAAUGUAAUCAGUGUCGAACUGUCUGUAAAGAAGGAAAGUCUUUGAAAUGUCGAAAGAAAAUAAAGAUCUGCAGCUCAAACAUCUUUUCGAUGGCGGUGCUUGGAACGUAUAUACGCCGGACAUUUUAAAUCUAGGUGUGGGUGCUCCAGGCACAGAUUUAUUGGAACCCUGUUGCGAUAUUUUCGAGCAGGCCACAACACAUUGCUUGAAGCGCGAAAAAGAAGAGAAUCAGUCGCUGAUCUUUCAAUAUGGACCAACAAGCGGCACUUACGAGGUGCGCAAUGAAAUUGCGAAGUACUUCAGCAAAAUGUACAAUAGCCCCGUUAACAGCGAGGACUUGAUAAUUACAACUGGCGCAACGCAGGGCUUGCAUUAUGUGCUUUCUACUCUGAUCGACUUCAAUGGCUAUAUAUUUGUGGAUGAAUACACAUACAUGAUUGCACUGGACAGUAUGAAGCACUUUACGAGCAUUCAAAUUGUACCACUUAAACUUAACGACGAUGGCGUCGAUCUCAAAGAUCUCGAAGAGAAAGUGAGCGGGAAGCAUUUCAAAUCAAAGAACAAGGAGUUUUGGGGCAUUUACUAUACAAUACCAACAUACCAUAAUCCGACAGGCAUACUGUUCUCGCCAGAGGUUUGCCGUGGAAUUGUGCAGCUGGCACGUAAAUACGACUUCUUGGUGCUUUGCGAUGAUGUCUAUAACAUUCUCAACUAUGGCGAGAAACCACUGCAUUCCCGUCUGCUUUCCUAUGAUGCACGUACGGAUAACGAUUUCGCUGGCAAUGUCAUCUCCAAUGGCAGCUUUUCGAAGAUUAUUGGACCAGGAGUGCGUUUAGGUUGGCUCGAAGUGCCACCACGUUUAAAACACCAGUUGGAAAGUAGUGGAAUUAUCAACAGCGGUGGCUGCUUCAACAACUAUACAGCUGGCAUUGUGGGCAGUCUAUUUGAGUUGAAAUUGGCCCAGGCACACAUUGCACGGCUGUUUGAGGCUUACAAGGAGAGGAUGUUGGCUACCACAGCGAUACUUAAAGCUGAACUUCCUAAAAGUUGUCACUUUUCUGCACCCAGCGGUGGUUACUUUAUUUGGAUAAGUUUGCCAGAUCACCUGGAUGCACGCACAUUUCUGGAAUACAGCUUGAAUCAUGAGAAAAUAACUUUCAUUGCCGGUCCGCGUUUCGCCGUGGAAGAGGGUAAAGGAAAACAAUUCUUCCGUUUAUCCAUAGCCUUCCAUUCCAAGGAGAAGCUAGUGGAUGGUGCAAAGCGCUUGUGUUCCGCUCUAAAAGAGUUUAUUAAGACUUCUCCAUGCAGUAGUUGAGUUUCAAAAUGAUGAAGACUGUUUACUGUUCACUAUUCUCUAUUUUGUUUUUAAAAUAUGGCAAAAUCUUUUUAUUGCUUGUUUUUGUUUGUUAUCGUAUUAUAAAUAGUGCUUAUAAAGAUAGGACUUAGAUAGUAAUUAUCUAUUAAUAAAGAUCGUUAUAAAUUA